UCGGGGCCUUUUCAAAUCGGGAUCCGUUACCGCUUUCCCGGCCGCCGCCAUUGUAGCGCACGGAGCCCCUCAGCGCAGUCGGCUGAGGCGGAGGCAGCGGUAGCGGGAUGGCGGACGCCGACAAGCCCGAGGUGCUCCGGGCCGCUGGCGACGACAGUCCGCAUCAGCAGCCCGUGGAGCAGCCGGGCGAGCCGCGGCGAGAACCGCACCCGCCGGAGCCGGAGAAGCAGCCGCCGCAGCACAGCAGCAGCUCCAAUGGCGUUAAAAUGGAGAAUGAUGAAUCAGUCAAAGAAGAUAAAUCUGAAUUAAAAGAAAAAUCUUCAGGAAAUAAGAAGGCUAAUAGAUUUCAUCCUUAUUCAAAAGACAAGAAUUCAGGCACUGGAGAAAAGAAGGGUCCAAAUCGAAACAGAGUUUUCAUUAGCAACAUUCCAUAUGACAUGAAAUGGCAAGCUAUUAAAGAUCUAAUGAGAGAAAAAGUUGGUGAGGUUACAUACGUGGAGCUCUUUAAGGAUGCGGAAGGAAAAUCAAGGGGUUGUGGUGUGGUUGAAUUCAAAGAUGAAGAAUUCGUAAAGAAAGCACUAGAAACUAUGAACAAAUAUGAUCUUAGUGGAAGACCCCUGAAUAUUAAAGAGGAUCCUGAUGGAGAAAAUGCUCGUAGGGCAUUGCAACGAACAGGAGGAUCAUUUCCAGGAGGACAUGUACCCGAUAUGGGAUCGGGGUUGAUGAAUUUACCACCUUCCAUUCUCAAUAAUCCAAACAUUCCUCCUGAGGUUAUCAGUAAUUUGCAGGCUGGUAGACUUGGUUCCACAAUUUUUGUUGCUAAUCUUGACUUCAAAGUUGGUUGGAAGAAGCUAAAGGAGGUGUUCAGCAUAGCUGGAACUGUAAAGCGGGCAGAUAUUAAAGAAGACAAAGAUGGCAAGAGCAGAGGAAUGGGCACAGUCACUUUUGAACAAGCAAUUGAAGCAGUUCAAGCAAUUUCUAUGUUCAAUGGGCAGUUUUUGUUUGAUAGACCUAUGCAUGUGAAAAUGGAUGACAAGUCUGUCCCUCAUGAAGACUACCGUUCACAUGAUAGUAAAACACCACAGUUACCACGUGGUCUUGGAGGCAUUGGAAUGGGACUUGGUCCAGGUGGACAGCCUAUUAGUGCCAGCCAGUUGAACAUAGGUGGUGUAAUGGGAAAUUUAGGUCCAAGUGGUAUGGGAAUGGAUGGUCCAGGUUUUGGAGGAAUGAAUAGAAUUGGAGGAGGAAUUGGGUUUGGUGGUCUGGAAGCAAUGAAUAGCAUGGGAGGAUUUGGAGGAGUUGGCCGAAUGGGAGAGCUAUACCGUGGUGCGAUGACUAGUAGCAUGGAGAGAGAUUUUGGACGUGGUGAUAUUGGAAUAAAUCGAGGCUUUGGAGAUUCCUUUGGUAGACUUGGCAGUGCAAUGAUUGCAGGAAGAAUAGGAGCUUCUAACAUGGGUCCAGUAGGAUCUGGAAUAAGUGGUGGCAUGGGUGGCAUGAACAGUGUGACUGGAGGAAUGGGGAUGGGACUGGACCGGAUGAGCUCCAGCUUUGAUAGAAUGGGACCAGGUAUAGGAGCCAUACUGGAAAGGAGCAUUGAUAUGGAUCGAGGAUUUCUAUCUGGUCCAAUGGGAAGCGGAAUAAGAGAAAGAAUAGGCUCCAAAGGCAACCAGAUAUUUGUCAGAAAUCUGCCUUUUGACUUGACUUGGCAGAAACUAAAAGAGAAAUUCAGUCAGUGUGGUCAUGUAAUGUUUGCAGAAAUAAAAAUGGAGAAUGGAAAGUCAAAAGGCUGUGGAACAGUCAGAUUUGACUCCCCAGAAUCAGCUGAAAAAGCCUGCAGAAUAAUGAAUGGCAUAAAAAUCAGUGGCAGAGAAAUCGAUGUUCGCUUGGAUCGUAAUGCAUAAUUUCAAACCACGGUUGGAACAUUCUUACAUCUGUUUUGCUGAAUCUCCUAGUAAAAAGUCAUUUUUUUAGUAAUACUGUAUGCUUACAAAAGCUGUAAAAAUGAACUUUUAAGACUCCCACCAGCUUUUAACAGUAUAGUGUUAAAUAUACUGUGAUUUUUGUUAAUCUCAAGUUUGGGUUUUUAAAGACAGCAAGUCAGUCAUUCAGUUUAAAUGAAUGGUUAUACUGUUUUUAAUGAAAUAAGCCAUUUUCUUGUUGUUACUUUCAGUACUACAUAGUGGGAUUUGUUUGUUCAAGUUUCCUCAGCUUUUAUCAACUUAUUGUAAGGUAAAACAUAGAUGAUUUUUUCAAAACUUCCGUUUUAUAUAUGUAAUUGUCCUUGAAAGAAAGGGCUCAGACAAAUUAGGAUGUGAUUUUGGUUGGCUUUAAAUUACUUUUCUUUGGUGAUAAAGAAUUACUGUAAGUAAGUUUUAGUUCAGGAUAUUUUUUAUUUCACUUAAAUGAAGAAAUGGAGUUUUCUUUCUCUUCCCUCUCCCAUCAUUCACAUUUUCCACAUAACACUAUUAAUGUUAACCUCCACAGCCCCUUAUUUUAUUAUUUCCAAUGAUUCCAAGUUCAUAUAGAACUGAUAAUGUGGUAAGUCCCAAGUAUAAUAACAGGCAGACUGCUCCCAACUUCCUGUCUAGUUUCCAGCCAUUGAAGUGAACUGCUGAAAAAAGAAAAAUAAUUGAUAUGUUGAGAGCGAUGGUUAUGUAAGUUAGUCCUCUGCUGUUCACUUCUACAGGAGCUGAUGCAUUCAUAAAUGCAGUUUUAAUAAACCAUGGAACACCUAGGCACAGCAUAUCAAACACGUUGGAUCCCAUGAUAUUAGACAUAGCCAUAUCUCCUUUGCCUGCAAAAAAAGCAUAUUGUUAAAAUGUGCACACCAAUACUGUAUUUUAUUAAUAAGCUUCAUAAAAAAAACACUGGAAAUUCUUUUUUGCUUGUUGGUUUUGGAAAAUUGUUAUAUUAGAGCAAAAGUCUUACUGAAUUUGUAUUUUUUAAUUUGGGGGUUAGUAUUUAAAGUCUUAACAUUUAUUUAAUAAUAAUUAUCUUUAUUUAUUAAAUCAUUUUUCAAUAAGGUCUGUAGAUUACUUGUUGCUUUUCAUUCUAAUUUAAUACAGUUAAUUACAAUUUGAUGCACAUUUCAGCUGAAUAUUAUUUGGGGGAUUAGAUUUAGUGAAAUUACUCUGCUAUUAAAUAGUAAACCCUUCUAUUUGAGUCAUUCUUUUUUUUCUUCAAAGUAUGUUAACUGGGGAAAUAAAUAUUUUUAAAGGUACCUUUGCUCAGUAUUUCAGCCAGCCUUGUAGAAUGGGCAUUGCAGCUUGAGGGACCUAGCUCUUACCUUUUCUUGCAACCAAUACACUUGCAAUCGUGUCUGGCAGACUUGUUCCUGCUGCUAAUAAAGUAAGGCCCAUUACUGUAUCUGGAAUUUCUAACGUUUCCCCUGUAAUUAACAGAGAUAUACUACAAGUUGCAAAUCUUACAAAUUCAAUAACCAUUCUCUGCAAUUACUUCAGAUAUUUCCUUCCUGAACAAAAAGAAAAUAGGCACAUUUACAUUUCAGAACCAAUAUGUACUUAAGUUUUACCUAGCAAAAUAUUUGAAUAAGAUUGGUAAAUUGGGUAGCCCAGGUAGCACAAAUUUUUAAUAGCAGAUAUCUAAAGAUAUUUAAUAGAAUUCUACUAAGGAGUAAUUCCCCUACCUGAUAUACUUACAGAAGGUUUAGAUGUUCACUGUUAGCUCAUCAAGGCCGUUGCUUAAUAUAUGCUAAUGAGAUUGGUCAUUUUCUGCUUUUCAAACUAUUUUCUUAAAGUGAUCAGAAUUAAGCAAAUUGUUUAUAGCUAUUUUUAACCUGUAAAUGUGUUACAUGGUAUCCAUUUUUUAAGUUGUACGUACUUUGGUGAUCUAUCUUAAACAAAGGAAAACAAAUAGGGUUCUACUCGGAGUCUUCCUAACAUUUUGGUCCUGUUCUGGUAAAUUCAGUAUCAGUUCAACAUUUUUCAGAUAUGUGUUCAUUUUGGGAAGCAAUCAGAGGGAAGUUAAAAAAAGGUACAUGUAACUGCUCUUCUAAUGUUGUGAUUGAAAACUUACUUUAGAAUCUUUUUUUUUCUUAAAUUGUCAAUUGAAAGAAUUUUAGCUGUUUAUUGCAUGCUUUAUAUAUUGAUAUUGGAAUUGUAAUUGGUUGUUAAUUUUUGUUACUGGUUUGCCAGAGUUCAUAUGUACAUAAAUAACAGUAAUAUUUAUCAUCUUGGGGGCUGUUUUAUGGUCUAUUACUUGAUUUUGUUCUUUUCCUGAUUUCCUAUUGUGAAAUAUAUUCUGGCUCAGAAAAUUUGAAGAGAUUUAAUAUACAAGCUAAUUGGACUUUUUGAUCUUUCUCAUUAAAAAAAAUCGUGCUUUCUUGCUAGCAUGCUAUUCUAAGUCAUAUAUUAAUUUGUGAAAAGUCAGAGAUCAGCCUUUUUUUGUAAAAGGCCACGUAGUGAUUACUUUAGGCCAUGCAGGCUAUAUGGUUUAUGUUGCAUCUAUUCACCUUGGCCACUGUAGUGUGAAAGCAUCCGUAGAUAAUGUAUAAAUGAAUUAAAUGAGUGGGCAUGAUUAUGUUUAGUAAAACUUCAUUAGCAAAAACAGGAGACCUGGUCAUUUGGUCACAUAGGCUAUAGUUUGCUCACCUCUGAUAUGUCCAUUCAGGCUAACCUUUUUGGGAGAAAUUCUUGAUUUUUUUUUUUUUUUCCAUGUUUAUAUUCAGUUUUUUCUUCUGGAGUUGUGUGGGACUAGAAUGGAUUAUGGCCAAGCAGUAAUAUUUAAAUUCUAGUCAUGAAGAUAGUAGAAACCUAAAUUGAAAUUUUAUUUUAUACCCUUUUCACGCAUUUCAUAGUUUGUUUAUAUGUCCAUAUUAAAAAGCAAAAUAAAGUGCAGUUCAGUUAAACAGUGAGCAUAUAUCGUUUUCUCAAAAUGCUGGCCCCUUGCUAUAUUUUUCAUUAUGGAAUGGAAUUCAAUAUAAAUAGUAUAUUGUGGACCCCAUAUGAUGUGCUGUAAUUAUUAGCACAGUAGAAAGACAUCCUGUGUAUUUGAUUCCAUUUAUAAGAUCCUGUGGCUUGUAACUCUGGGCUGUAUAAUAUUGGGAAUAUAGUUGAUAUGUAAUAUGCAACUUACAAACCCUGAAUGAUCUUGUUGGUAUAUUAAUAUUUAAUCUUUUUGUAAGUAGCACAUCUCUUUAGUCUUUGCUGAAAGAGAAAUUUCCUCUGUAGCUAGACUACUUUUUGUGAAUAUAUGCAGUUUGUUCUUCUAUAAAACUGAUUAUUUUCUUUUUAAACUAUGCUCUUAUGCUAAAGAUACGUACCAGUUAUUGUGACCAUCCAAACCAGGAUAUAGGUAAAUGCAGAUAUCCAUAGUGCUGACAUGAAAAAUGUUAUUACAAAGUAAUUUUUCCAAAACUUUCUUCUACAGUCUGGUAUGGUUAGAAAAAGUAAGGUAAUAAUAGGAAGGGAUAGUACCCAAAAAAUUCUUUUUAAGUCAGCUUCAGGCACGCUGAAAACACUUGGUGGAUCUGUUGAGGGAAAAACAAAUGAUUUUGAGUUUUCUCUAAUGGCCACUUCAGUUGGAAAUGUCCAUUUAGAAAGCUAUAUUGAAAUAAAUUAGCUGUAUCAGUUUUUAAGAGGCUAUUUAAAACAUUUGAAUACCUCAUUACUGAUACUGCUGGCAAAAAGAAACUAACUGAGACUUUAGGGCAGAUAGUAUAAAAUGUAAUACUCAGCAUUUCUUGAUUUGGGGCCUUAAAUCCAUCAAAAUAAUCUUGGAUCAUUCACUAAAUAUAUUAGCCAUAAUGUUUAUGAAGUGUCAGUUGGACUUCUCUGGUUUUCUACAGUGUGGGUGGUCUUUAGUAACUUUUUUUUGCUUAUGGGAUUAACCUGGCUUCUACCUAUUAUAGCUAUUAUAGUUGUCUAUUUCCCAGUAUUGUUGAUGUCUCUAGCCUGCCCUGUGUGUCAGAUAAUGCAUACUUAGGUAUAAAAUAAUUACAGAGUAAUCUUUUUAUUAAGUUUUGAAUAUUCCAUCCUAAUUCUCAUCGUAAGUGUGUUUUGGAGGCUUGCUUCAUUUUUCUUUCUUCCAUUAGUUUACCAAAUUUGGAAUUCACUACCAUUCUUAAAAAGAACCUUGAAGAAAAUAGGAACUAGCAUGGAAUCUACAAUAUAACUUACAAAACUCGAGAAUGUUCCUUUAUACAAUUUGUUUUAUUAAAUUAAUGGAAAACAAUAAUAGAUUGGAUAAAAAUAAGCAUUCACUUUAAAAUUAUUUAAAAUUUGCAUGGCAUUUACAAAAGAAUGCACCCAUAUAUUAGAUCAAAUUACAUUACAACUAAUGCUGGUAAAAUAACUCGUGAAAAAAAAUUUGCCAAGCCUCAGCCAGUAGGCCACUAGGUAAAUUUUAGAUGUAAUCUCAGUGUAAUGGAAAAAAUUUAGAGUGGUUCUUUUUGAAUUGUUAUAAAAUUUAACUUGGCAAUAUAUACCACUUGUACUUGAAAGGCUAAAAACUAUAAUUAUUGUAAAAAGGGGAAAAGUCUUUUUUUUUUUUUAAGGUAGUAAAAGAAUAACUUCCCUUCCUAAUGUACUUAGAUAAAUUUAGAAUCUGUUUCAUAGAACCACUUUGUAAAAAACUAACACAUAAGUUUUUAUUUCUGGCCGUGGAUGAAUUUGACUUCUAUUAAAUAUCUAAAUGUGUU